CCACCACUAUCUGCCAGAAGGUUAUUGCUACGUGCUAGAUGCUUUAGCUUAUGAGUCUGUCAAAUGGAAAGCGAAAGCGUGAAGAACCUCAAGACUUGGAGGAUGAGACCGACAGUGACUCUGACUGGGAGAAUCUAGCUCUCGACACCUAUCUACCAUCGCUUGAACCUAUACUUGAUGGCCAUGACACGACGCAUUCUGCAGAAGUGACAGUUGAGCUUUCCUCUUCCACAAUCACUAGUAGACCUCAUACACAAAGACAGGCUACGACUGCAUUGGCACGGCGCGCUCGUCUUGAUAUUCACAAAGCACAUAUUUUGUGUCUCUUGGCACACAACGCUACACGCAACGCUUGGUGUCGGCAUGACCGCAUUCGCGCAGCACUAAAGCCCGUCAUUGAUUCUUUCAAGGUGAAUCUCCACCCAAAAGCCACUUCAGCACAAUACCAGCGGACUCGCGUUUUGACUGAAGGCCUUACAGGUGCCGUCGCCUUUUGGUCGAAGCGCUUCAAUGUCGUGGGUCAAGGACUUUCUCGACCCAAAUGGCGGCAGGACACACUGUCGUCGCACCAACACUCUCAAUCAAAGCCGUGCACGUUCGCGGAUUUCGUGUCAGCAGCAAAAGCUAUGCGCGGAUCCCGGGAUAUUGGUGCUCAAUUGUUUGUGGCUUUUCUCCACUGCCAGGGACUGGAUGUGCGGCUGGCUUGCUCGUUGCAGGUCCUGAGCUUUACUCUUGGCAAAGGCAAUACCAUUGUGUCUACAGCUAACGUAGAGGAGGUGUCCUCCGAGCUGACUUCCCUCCAAAAUCUGCCAGCGAAAGUCACUGUGGUCCAGGCGACAACGCCUCGGAGAAGCCUGACAAGGCCUUCGCUCGGUGAACGUCCCGCAAGAAGACCAGAACCUGUGCAAUCAGUUGUGGCCCCAGAGUCAACCGGGUCUACAGAUGCAUCACCGUUCCCAGUAUACUGGGCAGAAGUCUUUGAUCCUGCCGCUCAGAAAUGGCUUCCAGUUGACGCUCUGUGUUCAAAGACUGUUGGGAAGCCUACAAAGCUUGAACCGCCCGCGGCUGAUCAUGGCAACCUCCUGUCUUACGUGCUCAGUUACGAAGCUGACGGCGCAGCACGCGAUGUGACCCAGCGCUACGCAACACUGUACAAUGCAAAGACUCUCAAACAUCGGGUCGACUUGCGUGAACAAGGCAGUCAAUGGUGGUGGGAGCAAGUCUUGCCACUCUACCGCUUACCGAAACGCCAUCCAGGCCGUGCAGCCAAACGCGAUAGGGAAGCUAUUGAAGAUGCAUCGUUCCAAGCACUGCGCCUGAAAGAACCCAUACCUUCCAAUGUGCAGGACUUCAAGCGACAUCCCGUCUUUGUGCUUGAGCGCGACCUAAGACGUGAUGAAGUCUUGGAUCCGGAAGCGCGCGAAUGUGGCUCCGUGAUUGUCAGCAAAGCCAGGCCGCCCAUCAUGGAACGGGUAUUCCCUCGCAAGAGCGUCUUACAGGUUCGCAGUGCACAGCAAUGGUAUAUGCGUGGUCGCGUCUUCCGACCCCUUGAAGUGCCACUGAAGUUCAGAGCCGCAUCGAUGUGGCAGCAGCAAGCUAGAAAGAGGCGUCAGCACCGUGAUGAUGACGACGACGAUAUGGAAGCUGAUACACAGAUCAUGGAUGAUGUUCCCUACUACACGGAAGCACAGACUGACGCAUACAUUGCGCCUCCCGUCAUUCAAGACGAAAAUGGCAAAUCUCUUGUGCCAAGGAACCAAUUUGGUAAUGUCGACUUGUACUGUGCCUCUAUGCUGCCCGCUGGAGCACUGCAUUUGUCAUGCGGUUUGAUGCGUUCGAGAGCAGUGGCGAGUCAAUCGGACCAUAUUAUUCAAACUUGGACAGACGCGCAAAUAGCGCGCUACUUGCACGAGUUGGCAUCUGAAGUGCUCGACAUUGACGCUGCCCCUGCGGUCACGGGCUUCAAACAUGUACAAGCAACCACAACGCCUACUGUGGAUGGUAUUGUUGUGGCCAGCUGUUAUGCUGAUGCUCUCGAAGUAGCAAUUGAUGCUGGUCUUGCAUAUAUACAGGAUCUGGCGGAUGACGCAAAGAGUACACUGAUUCUGCAACGAUGGGCGAGCUGGGUGCAGCGUUUGCGUAUCAAACACCAUGUUGAGACUCGCUAUGCAGGAACUGCAGAAUCUGGUCCAGGUGGCUUCAUGGCAGAUGAAGCUGAAGAAGAGCCUGGAGUGCAAGAUGAAGGUGAUGCAUCCGAGACUUAUUCGUUUGAGUAUGAGAGCGAGUAACGAACACCCUGAGGUCGUGAUAGGGGAGUCAAUAGGCUACGAAGCUAGUGAAUAUACACAAGAAUUGGCAUAAUCCAUAAUCCAAUGUCGUCUACCAAGAGG